AUGGCAAGCUUAUCUUCAUCAAUUGGUUUGCAAUAUCAUGUUAGGUCUAUUAGCUUGCCUUCUAGAUUACAUCCCCAUUCCAACAAAAUUGAAGCUCAAUUAAACAAGCUUAAGACUUGGGAGACAUCAUUUGAUUCCAAAGUUCCUUCAAGUGCAGAGACUGCUCUUCUCCAACGCCAACAUGGAAUGCUAGUGGAAGAGGCACUGGAGGGGUCUAUCGGGUUGCUAGACUUGUGUAGUAAGACACGAGACUUCUUGUUGGUGAUGAAGGAAAAAGUGCUAGGCCUUCAAUUGGUGUUGCGUAGCAAGGGUGGAGAUUGUAUUGAAAGCGAUAUGAGUGCUUAUACAUUGUGCAAAAAGAGAGUGAAGAAGGAAGCCGCUAAGUGCCUUGGGGCAUUGAAGCAAAUGGAAAAGAAAUUUGGUUCCUCUACUGAUCUGUUGGAUGUGAAUCACUAUUUGUCAGUGGUUAUUAGAGUGUUGGGAGAAGUAACUUCGGCUACCAUCUCUGUCUUACGAUCCCUCUUGUUGUUUAUGUUGUUAACAACUUCAACGACAAAGCCUAGUGGAUGGUCAUUGAUCUCAAAGUUGAUUCUUACAAGGUCAUCAACUUCAGAGAGAGGCAGUGACAAGAUUUUCAAUGAGGUGGAAAGUGUUGAUGUCGCUUUGCACUCAUUGCAUCGAUGCAUUCCUAGCAAUGAUGCUAAGAUUGAUGUAGAAAUGGCAAGGAAAAGAUUACAAAAACUUGAUGGUAGCAUAGAAGGACUCGAGGCUAGAUUAGAUUGCUUGUUUAGGCGAUUAAUUCAGAAUAGAGUCUCCCUUCUUAACAUUUUAGCUCACUGA